UGACGGGCGUACAUAUGUAUCGAUCACUAUACGGAAUGUACAACAGGUCUUUGUUUUCCAUUUCAUCCGAGUAAAGCUACACGAGCUGUUGUAAUUAAUCUGAUAUAAAGAAAGGCGUUUGCCAUUAUACAUUUCGCGACAAUAAAUACAACAGACUGCAGACUGUUUGCAUCUGGCAGGAAGUUCAUAAUCCUCCCACCCUAUCUCUCGAUCGCUCCAUUCGCUUUUCAUCCCUCUCCUAACGUCUCGUACCAACCAACUCCCAUAGCCCAGUGAAAAUGGCCCCAACGGAACUGAAACAGUACAGCUUGGCGGAAGUUAGCCAACAUAACAAACCGGAAGAUGUGUGGAUGGUCAUACACGAUAAGGUGUACGAUGUGACCAAAUUUCUUCACGAGCAUCCCGGUGGUGAGGAAGUGCUGAUCGAAUGGGCUGGCAAGGAAGCGACGGCUGAAUUUGAUGACGUUGGACACAGUUCGGAUGCCAAAGAACAAAUGAAGCAAUUUCUCGUUGGUGAACUCAUCGAAGCGGAUCGGAAAAAGAAAUCUAGCGCCGGUAGUGUAACUGACCCAUCUUCCAAUGCAUCGUCAACAUCGUCGUCCUGGUUUGGAUCUAUCAAGGCGAAAUUUUUCGGUUAAUCAUCGAAUUGACGCUGUUGUGUGCUUUAGUAGAUUUCAUCGCUAAUCCUCCAAAACCUUCUUCCCCUAUCGCUGAUCAACGAACGUGGAGGUGUGAAACAUCUGAAAAACAAACAAAAAAAAUACGAGACAAUAUGAGAUGGCUGUUUAAUUUUAGUAUUUAGAUUUUGGGUGGGAAUGAUCUACAGGGUGGCAGGUUAUUGCUUUGAAGCGAAUCGAUUUUUACUAGAAUCUAGAGCUUAUAUAGCGGUCUAUUACUAUAAACAACAUUCCCUUCUUGUAUUGUUCCAUUUGCAGCUGAGAGUGUCUCUCCAAAAUUCGAAUAAAAUUGACCUUUUUUUAUUUUUAA